AUUCGAUAUACCCGGCGUUAUGACGAACAGCGCUAACGCGAUACUCACCCUAGGGUGCUCGAUAAAUACAACAACGGCAUCCAGGACGAAGCUAAGAAGCUCAAGUCGCCAGAGAUGGAUUACACAGACCCCGACUCCGGCGAGACCUAUAAAGUCUGGGACAGCAACAAGAUGGCCAACGAUAUCAUCGACCAUCCAGACCUCAAGGAGAGCAGGAAGAAUGAGCUAUUAGACAAAAUCAUCGAAUAUUCAACCGAGUACGAGACGAAGAAGAGCCUGUCCGAGAAGCCCAAUUCAAGCGGCGCGACGCAUUAUCGUGAUAUCACGGCUGCGCAGGCGAUUGCAAGUAGGCUCAAGGGUCCUCCGGAUGCAUGCUCUUGAGGUGGGAGAUCGACGGAGUGAAGACUUAGGAUGUGGGCCCAUACUUUGGGGUUGAGAAUGGGUUGUAGUUUUGUGUUUGUAGCCUAGGAUAUAUGGCGUAGCGCAUUAGAAGUUGAAGUGCCA